AUGUCCCAGCCAGGGGCCGUCAUAGUCGGCAUUUCCGGCCCCUCAUCCAGCGGCAAAACAACCCUCGCCCGGCUGCUGCAGCGCGUAUUCUGCGGCGUCAGCCUCGGAGAGAAAAAAAGCGACGCGAAUGCACGAAAUCUGAACACAUUUAUUAUCCACGAAGAUGACUUUUACUAUCCAGAUGAUAAAAUCCCCUACACAACAACCCCCUCCGGCUCAACCAUCCAAGACUGGGACACUGCUGCCGCCAUCGAUACAGCCUUCCUCGCUCAGGCGCUGCAGUACGUCCGCGAGCAUGGGACUCUGCCGCCGCGCCUGCGCAGCAAAGAAGAUCUAAACGAGGACUCGGGGUCGGGGGUUGCGGAUACUGUGGUCGCAGAAUUGCGGGAGGGUGUUGCCAGGAAGUUUGCAGCGACAUCAGUGGAAGGCAAUAAAAAGCCUACGACAAUGGCUUUCCUAGAGGGAUUCCUCCUCUACAGUCCUUCAACGGAGAAUCACAACCAUAACCAUAACAACAACCAAAAUAAUGCCCUCCGCCCCGUCCACGAUAUCAUCCACCUCCGCCUCUUCCUCCCAGCCUCUUACUCCACCGUGAAAUCGCGCCGCGAGGGAAGAAGCGGGUAUGUCACAAUCGGGCCUGCGCCGGCACCACCAUCAACGAACACAACCACAACAACUACUACUACUUCUACAGAUGGUACAACAGAUACCAAAAUCGACCUCCACCAAGAAGACGAUCGCCCACCCCAAAACUUUUGGACCGAUCCACCCGGCUACGUCGACGAUAUCGUGUGGCCGCGGUAUGUGCGGGAUCAUGCGUGGUUGCUGCUACCAGACUCUGAUACGAAUUCCAAUAUCAACUCGAAUCCUAAUUCAGACCCCAAUCAACCUUUACAUCUAAUGGAUCUCGAUGAUGCAGAGCUGUUGAGGUGGGUAGGCGACGGAACGCGAUUACGGACGGAUGCCGGGGUCGAGGUUGCGCCGGGAUGGGGGAGGUGGACGAUGGAGGAGGUGUUGCGGUGGGCGGUUGAGAGGGUUGUUGGGUAUUAUUUGGCUCAGUAG